CAAAGAGCAGUCUUGUUUUCUCCUCUCAAAGAAUCGACGUCUUAGUCAUAUGGUUUCUAGAAGUGAAACGUUUUAUUUUAGGCUUGACAUAUGGUUGGAUUUGAUGCUAUGAAAAGAAGAGGUAUGUUGUUAUAAAUUGUGAGUUGGAGUUGUUGUUUUGAAAAAUCAAUCUGUGCAAAUGGAAGAUAUUGAGGUGAAUAACGCUAAAAAGGACUUUGGAGGUUCCCUUCCUGUUGAGAAUGUGCAAGAACUAGCUUCUACUGAUUUGCAAAACAUCCCACAUCGAUACAUCCGACCUGAAAUCAACCCUGAUGAAGUUUCAACGGAUGAAUCUUCGCAGAUCCCCAUUAUCGACGUGGCCAAGCUUACUUGUGAAUGUUUAGGAUAUGAACUUGAAAUGGCAAAACUUCACCAGGCUUGCGAAGAAUGGGGCUUUUUUCAGGUGAUUAAUCAUGGAGCACACAGCGUACUCGAAAAAAUGAAGGUUGUCACAGAUGAAUUCUUCAAGUUGCCACUAGAACAGAAAAUGGCCUAUGCACAGUUACCAAACAGCAUUGAGGGAUAUGGUCAAGCAUUUGUCGUAUCCGAGGAUCAAAAACUCGACUGGGGCGACAUGUUGUUUCUCAUUUCUUUACCACUCACAAACAGAAACUUGCGAUUUUGGCCGAACAUUCCCACCUCUUUCAGAUCAACCCUUGAUGAAUACUCGUCUGAGUUGCAUAAAAUCUGCAUCGGCCUCAUCAAAGCGAUGGGAACUAAUCUCGGGUUGGAGGUCGAGAAACUUAGUAGCAUGUAUCAAGAUGGCACACAAGGAAUCAGAAUGAACUACUAUCCACCUUGUGGGCAAGCAGACCAGGUCUAUGGCCUUGCGCCGCACUCUGAUGCGACAGGGCUAACUUUACUGGUUCAAGUCAAUGAAGUUGAAGGCCUGCAAAUCAGGAAAAAUGGCAAAUGGCUGCCAAUUAGGCCCUUUCCAGGAGCCAUCAUUGUUAACAUUGGUGAUAUUCUAGAGAUAACGAGCAAUGGCAAAUACAGAAGCAUUGAGCACAGAGCUGUGGUUAAUUUCCAGAGAGAGAGACUUUCAAUGGCGGCGUUUCAUGGACCAAAUAUGACAGCGAAAAUCGGACCUCUGCAAGAGUUUGCCAAAGAAAAUGGAGCUAAGUACAGAACAUUGGACAAUGAGGACUACAUAAAAUUAGUCAUCAAGAGCAAACUUGAUGGUAAAAGCUUGCUGGAUCAGCUGAGAAUCAGCCAUUGAAUAAAUGUAAUGAUCCAAUUGUAAUAUUUGGGGGUUUUCUUCUUUUUUUUUUUUUUUUUUGUUUUCUCCUCUCAGAACUGAGUCAUUUGGGCCAUCAGGUCAAUGACUUACCUGAAGAGAUGGUUUACAAAUCCAAUGCAUUUGGUUGGUCAUUCAGUAUUGAGAUGAUUAAACAAAUACAUCAGACGUUUUACGUCAUAAUUUGCAUUUUCUAACAUGAGUUGGUUAUGAACAACGAUAUUAUUAACGGUUCGUCAAAUGGUAGAUCUUCUCACAUAUGAUAUGAUUUCAGGAUUGCACUGUCUGUUUGGAAGGUUUUCUGGUGUGUGCUUUUGUUUUAUUCAUCAAAAAUGUAUAAAAUUAUAUCGAAAAGGAUUUAAUGUGAAAAGCCUAGCUUUUAUAUAGAGCUAUAGUCGAA